CAAGAACAACCUCCGCCCAGUCUAAGUGGGACCUACCUUUUGCAAUACUCCAUCUGUAUUUCGUCUACUCUCCCCGCAAUUUUCUCUCUCUAGCUCUCGCUCUCUCUCUCUCUAACUGUCUCUGUAACUUCCCUUCUGCUCACCCACCCCCAUCUCCAAUGCUCUAGGGUUAUAUUACAUCCAGCGCAAAGCAGAGAUAUAGCCCGAGCGAACUUAGGAAGCGCAGAAAUUGAGUCUCCCCUAGUUUUCCUAAAUCUUCGCCGAGCCGACGGGGACCGGGCCGGCGGAGCGCACGUAACGGUCCGAUUGAGCAGGGCGCGAGCUGACCUCAUUCAUCUAUCGUUCGAUUGGUUUUCCUUAUCUUACCCAUGAGUUCCAGCGCUCCAGAUUUGGUGCGGUUCUUGGAGUCGACUCUCGGAGUCUCGCUCGGCGGCGCCUCCUCGGACGUUGUGGUUCUGGUCCUCACUACUUCUCUCGCUGUGAUUGUGGGGUUGGUAGUCUUCCUAUGGAAGAGAUCAUCGGAUCGGAGUAAAGAGGUGAAGCCGGUGGUGAUAACGAAGCCGUAUUCACUGAAAGAGGAAGAGGACGAGUCCGAUGCCUUGGCCGGCAAAACGAAGCUCACCAUCUUUUACGGUACUCAGACUGGAACCGCCGAAGGGUUCGCUAAGGCUUUAGCUGAUGAGAUCAAGGCAAGAUAUGAAAAGGCGGCUGUCAAAGUUGUUGACUUGGAUGAUUAUGCUAUGGAUGAUGAUCAGUACGAAGAAAAAUUGAAAAAGGAGACUUUGGCAUUCUUUAUGGUGGCUACUUAUGGUGAUGGGGAACCAACAGAUAAUGCCGCACGGUUUUAUAAGUGGUUCACAGAGGAAAAUGAAAGAGGUGUUUGGCUUCCACAGCUCAGUUUUGGUGUCUUUGGCUUGGGUAAUCGUCAAUAUGAACAUUUUAAUAAGAUUGCAGUCGUCCUUGAUGAAGAACUUUGUAAACAAGGUGGCAAGCAACUCGUUCCAGUUGGCCUAGGUGAUGAUGAUCAAUGCAUCGAGGAUGAUUUUACAGCAUGGAAAGAAUUACUAUGGUCAGAGUUGGAUCAGCUACUCAGAGAUGAAGAUGAUGUCAAUACUGCAUCUACGCCAUAUAUGGCAGCUAUACAAGAAUACCGCUUAGUUAUUCAUGCUCCUAUAACAUCUUAUGAGGACAAGUUUGGGAACUUGGCAAAUGGCAAUACUUCUUUUGAUAUUCACCAUCCGUGCAGAGUCAAUGUUGCUGUACAAAGAGAGCUCCACUCAACAGAGUCCGACAGGUCUUGCAUGCAUUUGGAGUUUGACAUUUCGGGCACUCCUAUUGCAUAUGAAACUGGAGAUCAUGUGGGUGUUUAUGCUGAGAAUUGUGAAGACAUUGUUGAAGAAGCUGGGAAGUUAUUGGGUCAACCCUUAGAUUUGUUGUUCUCUAUUCAUUCAGACAAAGAAGAUGGGACACCCCUAGGAGGUUCAUUGGCACCUCCCUUCCCAGGUCCUUGCACUCUUCGCUUGGCACUUUCACAUUACGCUGACCUCUUGAACUCUCCACGAAAGUCUGCUUUGGUUGCGUUGGCUGCUCAUGCAAGUGAACCAAGUGAGGCAGAGAGACUUAGAUUUUUAUCUUCGCCACAGGGGAAGGACGAAUACUCACAAUGGGUUAUUGCUAGUCAAAGAAGUCUCCUUGAGAUAAUGGCGGAGUUCCCAUCAGCAAAGCCUCCUCUUGGCGUAUUUUUUGCAGCAGUGGCUCCUCGACUGCAGCCACGUUACUAUUCAAUCUCAUCUUCUCAUAGAUUUUCUCCCAAUAGAGUCCAUGUAACCUGUGCUUUAGUGCAUGAGCGGACACCAACUGGUAGAAUCCACAAGGGAGUGUGUUCAACCUGGAUGAAGCAUGCUGUUCCUCUUGAGAGAAGCCAAGAUUGUAGCUUGGCUCCUGUUUUUAUCAGGACCUCCAAUUUCAAGUUACCAGCUGACCCAUCUACUCCGAUUAUCAUGGUGGGACCGGGUACUGGAUUGGCACCUUUCCGGGGUUUUUUGCAGGAAAGAAUGGCUCUGAAAGAGGAGGGCCAUCAGCUUGGCACUGCUUUGCUGUUCUUCGGUUGCAGAAAUCGACGGAUGGAUUUUAUAUACGAGGAGGAGCUAAAUAAAUUCUUGGAACAAGGAGCACUCUCUGAACUCAUUGUUGCCUUCUCAAGGGAGGGCCCACAGAAGGAGUAUGUUCAACAUAAGAUGGCAGAUAAAGCUGCAGAAAUAUGGAGCAUACUUUCUCAGGGGGGUUACUUUUAUGUUUGUGGUGAUGCCAAGGGGAUGGCAAGAGAUGUUCAUCGCUCUUUGCACAACAUUGUCCAGGAACAGGGAGGGUUGGAUUCGUCGAAGACGGAGUCUAUGGUUAAGAAGUUGCAGAUGGAUGGGCGUUAUCUGAGAGAUGUAUGGUGAUGGAACUACUUAAUCUUUUGCUAGUCUCUGUGAGUAUUUGGUCAGCACUUCUCCCAAAAAGUAUAGCAUUGAAUUUAUUCAUCUACCGGAGCAAAAAGCCUCUUUGAUGUUCAGCCCGUGGAGAAGACAGACAUAAAAUUCCAUAAAGGAGUGUAAAUUAUGUCAUCUUUCUUGUCUUGGCCUAGCUUCGGUACAUUUUUACAGGGUUUCUUCCCCCUAAUGUCUGGAUUACAGGUUUCGUUGUUAUAAUACUGCAAAACAAAGAAAGCAGCGCAAAUGUAGCUAGCUUACAAGGAAAAACGAUGUGGGAAUGGACGAAAAUACAUAGGCUGUUUAUGUUCGUUUCUCCCUUGUGUUCCGCAACAGGAAUGUUAUUGUAUGAAAUCGUUGUAGUAAACAAGAAUAAAACGUGAAGAAUUAGCUUCAUGUAAAUAAGCAGGAACUUAAAGUUUUGUUGUUAUUUGUGGGUUCGGUGAUUUUAAGGGUGAGGUAGGUGCUUUUAUCUCCUGUUUCUUUUCUUCUUAUUCUUCUUCCUUGUGGGGUAAAGUGACAAGGUUGAAUUGAAUGAAAUGUCUGAACAUUUUGGGGGCAUUGUUCAUGUUCUUGC